AUGUGGUAUGCUUUGAAGUAUGAUGUAAAACGAUGGAAAAGGCGGUGGAAAGAAGCCAGAAUGGAUCCUUAUCAGAGGAAUAAUGCGAUUGCACACAUCAAACGACACACAAUGGAUCUCGAGUUGUUCCCAUUCGAAACUCAGGUAUUAAUCAUUGGAGGUGGAUUGAUAGGAUCAUCUGUUGCAUACUGGUUAAAGCAAGCGUUUCGUGACGAAGACUACAAAGUGACAGUUGUAGAAAAUAACGAUAAGUUUGCGCAGUGCGCUUCAAUGUUAACAUGUGGUGGUAUCUCACAGCAAUUUUCAGUCCCUGAACAUGUUACAAUGUCAGCUUUUGCCGCUGAAUAUCUUCGUCAUGCUGGCGAACAUUUGCGUAUUUUAGACAACGAUCCUCCUGAUAUAAAUUUUUUACCGAUGGGUUUCAUGUAUUUGGCUCGCACACCCGAAGAAGUGGAUCGAUUGAAGCGGAAUUGGAAAGUGCAAACGCAAAAUGGUGCCCGAAUUGAUUUGCUAAACCGUAAUAAGUUAUGUGCGAAAUUUCCUUUUAUCAAUUUUGAUGAUGUAUUACUCGGCUCAUACGGUUUGGAAAAUGAAGGUACAAUCGAUUCUUGGCAACUAUUAUCAGCUAUACGGGAAAAGAAUCUUACUUUGGGUGUGCAGUAUCUUAAAGGAGAGGUGGAAGGUUUUUAUUUUGGCCAAAGAUAUGGUGCUACAGAAAUAUAUGGUAUUGCAGAUGAUGCUGAUGAAGCAGUAUGGCGUAAUAAGCAUAUCCGCGGAGCUUUUAUUCGGCCGCAAAUGACAGAUGCUUCUGCAAGAAUCGUACGAUCUAAUCAUAUUGUUGUUGCUGCUGGUGCUUGGUCUGGUCGUAUUGCCGAAAUGGCAAGAAUUGGGAAAGGACAAGAUUUAUUGGCUGUUAAAAUACCGGUUGUUGCACGGAAGCGUAUGAUGUUUGUUGUACAUGCACCUGAUGUUCCUGCCUUAGAUAUGCCGGCUCUUGUGGAUCCCAGUGGUGUUUAUUGUUUGCUGGAAGAAGUUGGUAAUACAUUCAUUUGUGGGAAAAUCCCGAAUAAGGAAGAAGAUGAAAAAAUGGACCACUCAAAUUUGGAAGUAGAUUACAACUACUUUUAUAAUGAUAUUUGGCCAACUCUAGUGAAAAGGAUUCCAGCAUUUAGAAAUUUAAAAAUUAAAAAUGCUUGGGCAGGUUAUGAAGAUGUGAAUACAUUUGAUAAUUCACCUGUUAUCGGAGAGCAUUUACUUUAUCAAAAUUUACAUUUCUUAUGCGGGUUUGGGAAUCGUGGAAUGCAGCAUUCCUUAGCUGUCGGACGAAGUUAUGCUGAAAAAUUGCUGGAAGGUGCAUAUGUAUCAUUAAAUUUACGAAAAUUUGAUAUGAGACGAUUGGUUAAAAUGGAAAAAUUAGAGGAAGAGUAUGGUUAA